AUGCAGAGACAUCCAUACUUAAGAGAAUUCCUGAUGACAACCUUAGCGCAAUUUGAACAACUAAAAUCAGCGGGUUAUAACCUUAUCCCUGUAUACCGCCAACGCUUAGCCGAUACAGAUACGCCAUUGUCUGUAUUUGCACGCUUAAAACAGCAUCAACAAGCUUAUCUUUUUGAAUCUGUCGAAGGUGGUGAAAACUGGGCAAGAUAUUCAAUUAUUGGACUGGGUGAAUCAAUCGUAUUUUCCUGUAAUGCAGGACAGCUCACGAUAAAAUCGGCAGAUGGCUCGAUAGAUACCCAGCCAUGUGCAGAUCCAUUUCAAUAUAUCCGUGAUUUUCAAGCGCAGUUUAAAGUACCCACCCAGCAAGAUUUACCCGCACUGCCUAAUUUUACUGGCGGCUUGGUGGGCUACUUUGGCUAUGACGCAGUACGUUAUAUUGAGCCACGGUUAAAGAAUGUGCCUGAGGCGGAUCCCGUUGGACUGCCUGACUUAUGGAUGAUGUUGUCUAAAACCGUCAUUGUGUUUGAUAACUUAAAAGAUACUUUGUUUUUAAUCGUGCAUGCAGAUGUUAAUGAUACAGAGGCUUAUGCCAAGGCUCAGCAACAGCUGGAUGAGAUUGAGGCAUUAUUGGCUAUGCCAAUCAGCUUGGUUGCUAAAAAACAUACCGCUCCGCAUUUUGAGUCACUGACUGGGCAUGACAAAUUCCUUGAGUCAAUUGAGAAAGUUAAAGAAUAUAUCCGUGCUGGUGAUGUGAUGCAGGUUGUUCCUGGGCAUCGUAUGGUGUCGGAUUUUGAUGGUGAGCCUUUACAGGUUUAUCGCGCAUUACGACAUCUCAAUCCAUCACCGUAUUUAUUUUUGGUGCAAGGGCAGACCCUUUUAGAUCAAAAGCCGUUUCAUAUCGUAGGUUCUUCACCGGAAAUUCUUUCUCGACUCGAAAAUGGGAUCGCGACUGUACGUCCGCUUGCAGGUACACGUCCACGAGGAAAAAACAAAGAAGAAGAUUUGGCGCUUGAAAAAGAUUUGCUUUCUGAUGAAAAAGAGAUUGCGGAACAUUUAAUGCUGAUUGAUUUAGGCCGUAAUGAUGUGGGGCGUGUCUCGAAAAUCGGUAAAGUGCAAGUGACUGAUCAAAUGGUGAUCGAACGUUAUUCACAUGUCAUGCAUAUUGUUUCCAAUGUACAAGGUGAAGUGUUGGAUGAUGUCGAUGCUUUGGAUGUUUUUAAGGCAACUUUUCCAGCAGGCACGCUUUCAGGCGCCCCAAAGAUUCGUGCAAUGGAAAUUAUUGACGAAGUUGAACCGGUAAAACGUGGAAUUUUUGGUGGUGCAGUGGGUUAUUUGGGCUGGCAUGGCGAAAUGGACAUGUCGAUUGCGAUCAGAACCUGUGUUAUUCGUGAAAAUAAGGUCUAUGUACAGGCUGGCGCAGGCUUGGUUGUCGACUCAAAUCCUGAAUCAGAGUGGAAUGAAACCCAAAUAAAAGCUCGCGCAGUGAUCAAAGCGGUUGAAUUAUCGUCAAACGGAUUGAUUUUAUGA